AUGGAUCGAAACAAUGUGGUCAACCCCUCGAAGAAUUCCCAGCGAUAUCAAAAUACCAAGCCUUAUGAAAUGAAUCACAACGUGUGUACAGAUCACCCAUCUCGUCCAGUUGAUGAAAUUUGUUGUUAUUGCGGUAAAGAUGAAGGCAAGCAUCGUGAAGACUUCGAAAAUCAAAAACAACGACCAAAGAUUGAAGAUGUAUUAAUUAGAUGUGGACACGGUAGCGAGGAUAAUGGAACACAUUGUAAUCAUCGAAUGCACUUGAGCUGCGCCACUUUUGCCAAGCCGAUGAUGAACUUCAACACUCAGUAUCUCUCACUGAAGCAAAAUAACAAUGCAUUGUGGUGUCCGAAUCACUUCUGUGAGAUUUGCUUUGGAGAAGGAUUCCAGCAGACGGCCUCUUGCGGAGAACUACUACAUGACACAGAGACGAUCCGCGCGUUUCACACAAAUUGUAGGCCGAUUGGAUCAAAAAUGCUCGGACGAUCGAAGAUUGAAUUGGCUAAACGACCCACUAAUUAUACCGGAGAUCAUAUGAAGUUCUGUGGAUUGUGCGGAAAAAGUGGUGGAAAACUCCAGAAGUGCAAAAGUUGUAUCCAAUCAUUCCACCUUCGAUGCCAUCAAACUACCAGCAGCAGCCACGACCGCCUCACCACAUGCAGAGAUUGUAUUUUCGACGUGCAAAUUCGUGCCAAUGAGAAGACGUUUUUGCUGGAUCAGGGUGUACUUGAAGUUGUGACGACAUGCAAGGAUUCAGAAGCUAAUCUGCCUGAAGGAGUUGUAUCAGUUUUAUCGGACCGACAACGCCGCCCGAUCACCGUCCAAAGAAAUUGCCUUUACACCCCUCCACAAGAAAUAUGUCAUACGGUUUUCCAAUCGUGGAAACAAUUGUACAAGGACCACAAAGACCUUCCAGCAGUCAGCGAAUUCCUCCAAAAUCUCCAUGAAUACUGGCCAGCUGUUCAGAAACCACAAAAGAAAGUUAUCGAAUCUUAUGACCUGCACCAGUCAUUCGUCAAAUUUCUCAAAAGAAAUAAGCAAGAAAUACCAGAUUUCAAGCCGAAACCUGCGGAAGUGAACAAGUUGGUGAAGAUUAAGCACUUCGGACGAAAGGGAUAUGGUGUCGUCGCCAAGAAAACAAUCAAACCAGGGGACGAAAUUGGUACUUAUUACGGAGAAGUGAUCACCAUCGACGAACGGGAGCGAAGAAGGAGCCUCUCAAUCAUAAGUAAGGACAAAGAAGCAAAACAAUACUGCUUCGAAGCAAAGAUUGAUUACACUGUAGUAAACGGAGCGAAACGAUGCAACUAUAAAGAGGAUGUUAUCAUCGACAGUAGUUGUUACCAAAAUGAAACAGCAAUUCUGAACUCUUCUUGCAACCCAAAUUGUGUAGCGGAUGUAGAAAUAAUAGACAUGGGAGAUUUCGGUUUCCACGCUGUAACAAUCAUUGCAAAAACGGAAAUUAAAAGAGGAACGGAAUUAACAAUCGACUACCGUUGGAAAGAAUUCAUCUGCUACUGCGGCGACAAAUGCAAAAAUCCUCCGACUCCCUUGGAAUGGUUCCAACCUCUCUAA